AUGUCGGCGAAUUCUUCCUUAUUUUCCUAUCUUACGACACCCUCCUCCCCUUACAUCCCUUCCAUCGAUGUAGUCAAGCCUCAAUCAACACCCUCCCAUCGUCAAGCAAACAGCCUAUUUCGUCGCUACAAUCGGCUCUGCGCCUUUGUUUCCGACCUCAAGCAUUCUCUUCCGCUCUGUGCGACAGCCGCGACUGAGACUCUAUUUAGACCAUUCUCCAGUUUCGCUCUGUUCUGCGGAACUGCCGACUGCGCCUCUGAUCUCUCAUCUUUCUCUAGGUAG